AUCUCAUCUCACCUCUCCCCAUCUCUCUCACGCUCAUCAGUCUUUCCACCACUCUCGUUCCAUCUGGUGCGAUGCAGGUCCUAGCGCCCGAGACGCGCGCGGCACUGCAGGUCCGCCUCAAAUCCGCCCUCAACACCUACCUCGCGCACCGUACCGGCGUGCAGCGCGCCCUCACCGCCGGCUUCGUGAUCUACUGCCUCGUAGCGGCCGGCGCAAACCUCACAGGCAAGGGUGCCAAGGGGCUGGCGGAGCGCCAGUCGGGCUCAAAGGGCCGCAAACGGGGGAAGAAGGGCAAGGCGAGCGUUACGGAUCCCGAGUUCCACGCGCGCCUCAAGAAGCUCCUCCGCAUCGUGAUCCCCGGCAUCCGCUCGCGCGAGGCCGGCAUGCUCGCGCUGCACACGUGUUUUUUGCUCGCGCGCACAGGUCUGUCGCUGUACGUUGCGGAGCUGGACGGCCGCAUUGUGUCCAGCCUCGUGACGGCGCAACCGCGCCUCUUCCUCAUGAACCUCGUGCGGUUCGCCCUCAUCGCCAUCCCGGCUACCUACACCAACAGCAUGAUCCAGUAUCUCCAAAACGAGCUGAGCUUGGCAUACCGCACCCGCCUCUCGCGCCACCUCUUGGAACAGUACCUCGACUCGGAGGAGGCGGGCGGCGACGACUUCAAGAUGUACUACAAGCUCGCGAACCUCGACGACAGAAUCAAGAAUGCGGACCAGUACCUCACUGUCGACGUGCAGCAGUUCAGCAACAAGCUCGCGGAGAUCUACAGCAACAUCGCCAAGCCGGUGCUCGACGUCAUCCUCUACAACUACCAGCUAAGCCGGAACGUCGGCGCCGAAGGCCUCGUCCUCUUGACCGCGCUGGUCCAGCUCUCCGCCCAAGCGCUGCGCGCCAUCACCCCCCCGUUCGGCGAGUACGCGGCGCACGAAGCGACGCUCGAAGGCGAGCUGCGCUUCACGCACUCGCGCCUCCUGGAGAACGCGGAAGAAGUCGCGUUCUACCACGGCGAAGAGUUUGAGAAAAACGUCAUCGAGCGCGGAUACUUUGCGCUCGUGAAGCACGCGAACCGCGUGCUCCGCACGCGCGUGUGGCACGGCAUGGCCGAGGAGGGCGUGAUCAAGUGGGCGUGGGGCAGCUUCGGGCUCGUCAUCUGCGCGCUGCCCGUGUUCCUCGGCGGCGCGCUCGGCCUGGACACCGGCAGCCUCGGCAGCCGGACGGAAGGCUUCGUCACGAACCGCCGCCUCCUCCUCUCGUCGUCGGACGCAUUCGGCCGCGUCAUGUACUCGUACAAAGAGCUGGCGGAGCUCGCGGGAUACACGUCGCGCGUCUCGGACCUCCUGGACGCGAUGGACGACGUGCGCGCGGGCAAGUACCAGAAGAAGCUUGUGUCGAGCGCGAGCGUGGAAGAGAAUGCGAAGAUGCUGCGCGGGCGCGGGAAGAUCAUCGAGUCGGACGAAAUCCGCUUCGACAGCGUCCCCCUCAUCAGUCCCAACGGCGACGUCCUCGUCAAAAGCAUGAGCUUCCACGUCGAGCCGGGCAAGCACCUCCUCGUCGUCGGCCCGAACGGGUGCGGCAAGUCGUCGCUCUUCCGCAUCCUCGGCGGCUUGUGGCCCGUCUACGGCGGCGUCGUGUACAAGCCGCCCGAGCACGAGUUCACGUAUAUCCCGCAGCGGCCGUACUUGUGCGCGGGCACGCUGCGGGACCAGAUCAUCUACCCCGACUGCGCGGACGACAUGGCGCGCCGCGGCGUGAGCGACGCCGACCUCAAGCGGCUGCUUGAUGUCGUCGAGCUCGGGGGGAUGGUGGAGCGCGAAGGCGGGUGGGAUGCUGUGCGCGAGUGGCGCGACGCGCUGAGCGGAGGGGACAAGCAGCGCAUUGCGAUGGCACGGUUGUUCUACCAUAAGCCGAAAUACGCCAUCCUCGACGAGUGCACGUCCGCCGUCACGCUCGAAGUCGAGAAGCGGAUGUACGAGCACGCGACCGCGCUCGGCGUCACGAUGAUGACUGUGAGCCACCGCCCGUCCCUGUGGAAGUACCACUCCAUGGUGCUCCAGUACGACGGCAUGGGCGGAUACAUCUUCACUGAGUUGGAUGCGGAGCGGCGUCUUGCGCUGCAGGAGGAGAAGCAGGAGCUCGAGCAGCGCCUCGUCGAGGUGCCCAAGCUUCGCGCGCGUCUCGAGGAGCUGCAUGGCGUCAAGCGCCAGCAGGGGCUGCGGGUUUAGUGGGGCGGCGGAGUGUGUAGAGGUUGUACAGAUGAAUUGUGUACUGACUG